GACGUUAUAGUGGUUUUUAAACAUGUGAAAAAAUAAUUUAUUCUCAAAGUGACCAGUAGACAAAAUAAGUUUGGGAACCCCUGCCAUAAGCUAGGGCAUACGAACUGAGAAAAUCACUGGAUUCUUCCUGAGAAAUCCGAAAGGCCAACGCCACUUUUGUUACUCUAUGUAAUUUUUACUUACUCUAUGGUAUUCGCUAUUGGCCAUUAUACCUACUUCUUGGUCUGUGGCCAUUAUUUGUCUUGCCAAUGCCAAGCCAAGUGAUUAUUUUUAUAUUUUAGAAAGUUCCUACUGACUCCUAAGUUAGUUUGUUAAUAACUUUACCCAUAAAUAUUAAUCGGUGUUUUAAUUCUCAUAAUAAAAACACCGAUUUUGUGCAGAUAGCACCUUAUUAGAGUGAGUUGUGGUUUAAGUCAUUAAAUAUUAAUUUCCUAAAUAUCGUAUGAACGAUUACAACAUACAAUACUUUGAUUCCAGAUCCUAUCUAUUGGAACUUGCUAAUAUGGUCAUACGCGCUUCCUGUUACGACGACGAGACUGGUGAAGUUAUAACUUAUGAUGUGAACGACGAAACAGGGGAACCUGACAUGGAUACCAAUAUUCCUCCAAUAUACAAUAACUCUAGAGAAACAAUAAGUAAUGCUCAACCAUCCAGAUAUAUGAAAUUCCCAAAAUGCUACAUGAGCAAGACCAAAAAAUUCCAAUCACUAAAGGAGCAAAUACUCUCUGGUUCCAACAAAAUAAGCCAAAGGUUGCUCUUAAUACCCACAUUGGCAUUUUUUCCAGCUUAUAUGUGCACUUUUAUAGUUCUACUGGAAGUAUUCCUUCAUGUGAGAUGUCACAUGAAAAAUAAAAGGUUAACAGAUACCAGCAUAUAUUAUCAAAGUCCAUUUCAUACAAUAACCAGUAUAUUCUGUGGUGUAUGCCGCGAUUGUGACACUACAUCUAAGAUAGGAAAGUUCCAAGAAAAGAGACGUAGGCGUCACACAUUUUAAGCCUUUCUUGUAUUUCUUUUCUAAAAAAUAAUUGUUUUAUGAGUAAUAUUUAGUUGGGUAAAGGUUUAUAAUACUUAGGUGUGUGUUUAUUAAUUUCUUAUAACUAUAUCUUGCACCUGACUUAUAUUGCAUUUUUACUAUUAUUUUGGAUAUGUUUUUUUCUUCUUUAUAUUAUAAGUGUCAGAAUAUAUGUAAUAAUAAUCAUCAAUAUUCUUUGUCAUGAGUCGGAUUCACUAAAGGAUGGGUAGAUACUGGAAAUCAUUCUACAACUGAAAAACUUGUGUAAUGUCCAAAUGUUAUUGUACUAAGUGGUAUUCUUUUAAUUAAAUUAGUAUUAGGAUUGAUGCAAAUCUGGCAGAAAAAUUUAUCAAGCCUCUCAUGGAAGAUCCAAUCAUACAUUUGUCAGUUAACAUUAUAC